AUGGAGGCCACUUACAUCUAUGUUAUUGCUGCAGGCGGCAUCUUCACCAUUCUCUUUCUCCUCACCCUUCGCCCACACUUUGUGCAAUUUAUCGAAUACCUCGUCCUAUGGCAGUCUAAAUACCUGACGUAUCCGCAGAUCCUCCGCCGCCACUCACUUCUCGGCCCAUGGACUCCAGCAGGUUUUGUCCUGCACACCGCAUACAUUGCAGCCAACGUUUCCUGCCUCGAGUUCUGGAAAUUGAAGACUACGAAAGUUGGCUUCCGUGCUGCUAACCUAGCCCUGAUUAACAUGAUGCCACUAUUCCUCGGAACCCAUCUUAGCUUUCUUUCAAAUCUUUUUGGCGUCUCUUUGAAGUCGUGGCGAUUGGUUCAUCGCUCGGCAGGCAUAAUGUCGUUCUUUCUUAUGCUCCUCCACAUCCUCAUCGUGGUUGCUAGCCGUGUCAGCUUCUCUCCAAGCGUGCCUGAGAAUCUCUAUGGACUAAUCGGCGGGUCGGCGUUGUGUCUUCUCAUACUCCUCUCGAUUCCCUUCUUCCGCAAGUCCUCCUACGAGAUCUUCCUUCGUACGCAUCAAGCUGUGGCCUCACUUGUAGUGUAUUCCAUUGUACGACAUCUCAUAUCCCAGUCGAACUUCAAUUGGAACUAUGUCUACAUCUUCGCAGGGGUAUUCGCCGCACUGCUCGCCUUUCAAUGCGGCGUCGUGAUGUUUCGAAACAAAGCAUGGGGCCACCAUUUCCCUCGGGCCUUCAUCACUCACAUCGACCAAACAGUCAUGGUCCGGAUGACAAUGUCUCGGCCCAUAGAAGUCAAGGCUGGCCAGUACAUCAACUUAUGGAUUCCAUCCGUCAGCUUCUGGUCUUUCCUGCAAAGCCAUCCUUUCAUAGUAACCAACUGGGCCGAUGGUAAACAGGAUACAUUAGAGCUUUUCAUCCAACCGAGGGGAGGCUUGACUCGUGAACUCUUCAGUCAUGGAACUCUUGAUGAGGGCGGGUCUGUACCUCGCCUGGCCCUGUUCAGCGGACCCCAUGGAAUUAGUGUACCAGUGGGAGACUAUGAGACGGUCCUUAUGGUCGCGACGGGCUUCGGUAUCGCCGCACAGCUGCCCUAUCUCCGCAAGCUCAUCCACGGUUAUAAUACCUGCAAGGCUCGCAUGCUCCGAGUCCACUUGGUGUGGCAGCUCGAAACCUUUGACAUUGGCCUGGCAGCGCAGUCCCUACUGAACAGUGCCUUAGUUGAUGACACCUUGGACGACGGUUAUAUUCUUUGUAUCUCAAUCUACCUCGAGUCGAGUAGUGGCGACAAGGUUCCUUUCGGUAAACGUGCGACUCUGUAUCCAGGCACCGCAAACCUCGAAGAGAUCCUCCAAGUUGAGUUAACUGGGAAGCAUAUUAGAAGAGUGCAAGAAACUCAGGAGAGAGGCAAGAUGCUUGUCAUGGUAUCCGGUACAUGCAAGCUCCGAGAUCAUCUUCGAGCCCUUGUUCGUACACACUUGGAUGAUGGAGUACAACUGCAGGAACUAGACUUUCAGCCAGAAUAA